AUGCCAGCACCGCAGACCCCUCUCUACGCUGCCUCUUUCUAUGGCUGCUGGAAAGCUGUGGAGACUCUCAUCAGCCUGAAAGCGACUCUCGAUAUACAUGACAGAGAGCUCAACUGGACACCACUGCUUACCGCGGCAUCAUUCGGUCACUUACGCACGGUUCAAAUGCUCUUGGAGGCCAAAGCAGAUCCCAACGAAAUCUGUGGUAAAAAGACCCUAGUCACUCCCUUGUGCUAUGCUGCGACACGAGGAGCCAGCAUUGGCCGUGUGCAAGCCCUUCUUAACAAUGGGGCAGAUCCCAACCUCAUGUCAUUGACGGAUCCGUUAGGCUGGAUGAUCUCAACGUCGUCAAUUCCAAGCCAGAAAAAAAUUGCGAUCUUGGAUAUCCUUGCCAAUAAUUCCCCCUCGCUCAAUAUUGACGGCAGGUCUUGUUAUGGGGGAAGAACAGCCCUAAUGGAGGCCGUCGAAAAAGGGGAGCGAGAUAUGGUUGAAUGGCUUCUCAAUCAUCGAGCAAGCGUGAUGGCAAUUGACAAGCUUGGGGAGACAGCACUGUUUCCUGCCGUGCGAGAAGCUCACAUCGACAUACUACGCGAGCUUUUGAAGCAAGAGCGACCGUUGCAUACCAUCAAUGGGAAGGGGGAAGGGUUGCUCCAACUGGCUGGCAAAGAUACCGAGCUGGUUAACAUAUUGCUUGAUGCAGGUGCCUUUGUUGAGGGAAAUGAUGACCUCCCGCGCGUUUUCACAAUUGUGGAUGGGGGAGGAAAGGUCGAGGAGAUUGACGAUGCCGAUCUGGAUGGAUAUUCAGAUACUUCCUCUGACAGUUCUCUAAUUGGGCUUGAUUUCUCGGAUGCCCCGGAAUUCAAUACAUGGUCAUGGUCUAGAUGA